CGCCGUUGCGCUUCCGCCUUUCGAAAACCCCAUCUGAACCCUUUGAUUACUGUCUGUCUUUCACUUCCUGGUUGUAACUAGAUUAAAGUUUUGAUCUUUAGAGCCUUGUCUCUGAAAAAUUCAAUGGCGUCGACGCCGGCUUCAAUAACAGCACCGUCAGAGCCGUACCAGACGGUCCAGAACCACCAACACGCACAAAAUAACUUCAGGAACAGCCAACGCCGCCACCGUCGCCAAACCCAAACCCACUCCCGGAAGUUCGGUUUUGCGAGGCCCCCAAUCGCGCCUGGCAAUGUUGCUGGUCCAACCGCGGGUGCCACCACCCACCCACCUCCUUCAGGCCCCAGCACUUUCCAUUCUCUCUCUCCCGACUUUUCGGGCCGCCGUUCCACCCGCCUCUACUCCAAGAUGCAUCUGGGUCGCCCCAAAACGACCUCCAAUUCUCCCCACAGUUCCGUAUCCGAGGAGGUCCUUCAAUACAUGAAGAAUUCUCAAAACGUAGAGAAUAUUCUGUUCUCCUUUGAGUCCGAGCUUCGUAGCUCCGAUGACUACACGUACUUGGUGAAGGAGCUUGGAAACCUUGGUGAGUGCGAGAAGGCUCUAACGUGUUUCCAAUUCGCCAUCGCAAGAGAAAGGAGGAGGAUCGAGCAGGGCAAAUUGGCGAGCACCAUGAUCAGUACGCUCGGGAGGUUGGGGAAAGUGGAGCUUGCAGAGAGGAUUUUCGAAACUGCUUUCAACGAGGGUUAUGGGAAUACCGUUUACGGCUUCUCGGCUUUGAUCGGUGCUUAUGCGAAAAGUGGAUUGUGCGAUGAGGCCUUAAAGGUAUUUGAUUCUCUGAAGGAUUAUGGCAUAACUCCUAAUUUGGUAACUUAUAAUGCGGUGAUUGAUGCUUGUGGGAAAGGGGGUGUCGAGUUUAGUCGGGUUAUGGAGAUCUUUAAUGAAAUGGUGAGGAAUGGAAUUCAACCGGAUCGGAUUACAUUCAAUUCCUUGCUUGCUGUUUGUAGUAGAGUGGGAGCGUGGGAGACAGCAAGGAAUUUGUUUAGUGAGAUGAUUGAUAAAGGUAUUGAGCCAGACGUUUUCACUUAUAAUACCCUUCUUGAUGCAAUUUGUAAAGGUGGUCAAAUGGAUUUGGCUUUCCAUAUGUUGCAAGAAAUGCCAAAAAAGGGGCUUAAACCUAAUGUUGUGACAUAUAGUACCAUGAUUGAUGGUUAUUCCAAGGUUGAUAGAUUUGAUGAUGCCCUCCAUAUGUUUGGUCAAAUGAGAUAUUUGGGAAUUGCAUUGGAUAGGGUUUUAUAUAAUACAUUGCUUACAGUUUAUGGGAGGCUUGGUAGGUUUAAGGAGGUGCUAGAUGUGUGUAAAGAGAUGGAAGCUGCUGGUAUCAGCAGGGAUAUUGUGACCUAUAAUGCACUUUUGGAUGCAUAUGGUAAGCAGGGUAUGUUCGAUGAAGUUAAAAAACUUUCAUCGGAGAUGAAAGCAGACAAAGUAACACCAAAUUUAUUAACGUAUUCAACCUUGAUGGAUGGGUAUUCAAAAGCUGGUUUGUACAAGGAGGCAAUGGAGGUUCUAAGAGAGUACAGACAAGCAGGAUUGAAGGCUGAUGUUGUGCUCUACAGUGCAGUUAUUGAUGCCGUGUGCAAGAAUGGGUUGGUGGAAUCAGCCGUAUCCCUGCUUGAUGAUAUGAUAAAAGAAGGGAUUAGGCCUAACGUUGUCACGUACAAUUCUAUCAUUGAUGCUUUUGGAUACCUUACAGCUUCAGAAUGCACUUUGCAAACUGAACCUUCCACUCUGGUGGCCAUUGAGGUUGAUGCUGAAAACAAGGUGGCAGAUUUGAGGGACAACCAGAUUAUGCAGGUUUUUGGGCAACUAGCGUCUGAGAAAGGAGGUCAAGGAAGGCAAGAUAACAGAGGCAGGCGGGAACUCUUUUGUAUCCUGGAACUCUUUCGAAAGAUGCAUCAUUUGAAUAUCAAACCCAAUGUAGUGACUUUCUCUGCCAUACUAAAUGCUUGCAGCCGCUGCAAUUCAUUCAACGAUGCCUCAAUGUUUUUGGAGGAGCUUAGGCUGUUUGAUAAUCAAGUUUAUGGUGUGGCAUAUGGGCUUUUGAUGGGCUACUCAGGAAAUGUUUGGCUUCAAGCUCGGUCCCUUUUUGAUGAAUUAAGAUUGAUGGAUUCUGAUACUGCAUCAGCCUUUUACAAUGCUCUGACUGACGUGCUAUGGCACUUUGAUCAGAGAUAUGGAGCAAAGCUUGUUGUGCUUGAAGGGAAAAAUCGGCAAGUGUGGGACAAUGUGUGGUCUGAUUCUUGCUUGGAUUUGCACCUAAUGUCCUCAGGAGCUGCUCAGGCAAUGGUUCAUGCAUGGCUCCUAAAUAUACAUUCAAUUGUAAUUCAGGGCCAUCAGUUGCCUGAACUUUUAAGCAUUUUGACUGGAUGGGGCAAGCACAGCAAGGUGGUUGGUGCAGGAACACUAAGGAGAGUCGUGGAAGAACUCCUCAAAAGAAUAGGUGCACCUUUUCAACUUGCCAAAUGUAACUUGGGUAGAUUUGUAUCACAAGGAUCUGUCGUUGCCGCCUGGCUAAGAGAAUCUGGCACCUUGAAUGUCCUUGUUCUUCGAGAUGCCAGAACUCAGCCAGGAUAUCCUAGGUUUGGCCACCUCUCAAACCUGCAGCCGCUUUCCUUGUAAUUUUCUGCAACAUGUAGCAGUUUUUGUUUUCAUGUUCGUUUCCUGGAAACAAGAAAGUGUAAACACAAAAGUGAAAAUCAGGACAUCUUGUUACAAAAAAUGUCGAGAUGUCCAAUUUCAACUACAUGAUGAAUGAGACUUCAUCAUGUGUUGUGAUUGGGCAUCAUGAUAUUUUUACUGUCAGGAUGUCUUGAUUUUCCACAUUCUUCAGUAAAUUAGAAACAAUCAUAAGGUAGACAUAGACAUCCCUCUCCCUCUCCCCUCUCACCCACGGUGUUGUUUGUUGUAAAAUUCUGCGGCAUUUAAUUUUAA